UAACACUCUAUCCAGACUUUAUUUAGACUUUAUUUAGACUUUAUUUAGACUUUAUUUAGACUCCGGCAGGUUUUAGUGUGAGUGAGACGGCUUCAAGUUCACAUCGAGACUCUGGAACUCUUUCACCUGAUCACACAAACUCACUCACAACUAACUUUAACUGCUUCUAGUCUUUGUGGAGCCAACCGGAGCAUUUAGCUGCUGCUUUUAUUCUUUUCUACUCUUUUCUACUGUGGUUCGUUCCGCUUGUUGCCGUUCAUGUUUUAUAAAUGUGAUACAACAGGAAAUAACUCGCUGCUUUCUGUGUUUUCACACUUUAACGGUUUGUUUGUUUGUUGAUGUUUUUUUUCCUCCUGAGGCUCAAAAACCAGAAAGUUUUCACUCAGUCAACUAAUGAAACUUUCUGUUUGUUUUAACAGCGCUGAGAGACUCUGAGACAGACACGAGGAGAGAGGACCAGACCACUACACACACACACACACACACACAGCAAGGUCGUCUCCUCGUCCACCAUGUCCUCCCUGGAGGACGGAGCCCUGAGCUCCUUCGGCCCCGAGCUGCCCGCCAUGUUUGACGGCGUGAAGCUGGCUGCCGUGGCGACCGUCCUCUACAUCAUCGUCCGCUGCCUCAACCUGAAGAGCUCCACGGCGUCUCCGGAGCUCGUCUACCAGGACACGGCGCUCAGCAGAUACCUGCUCAAGACCUGCCCCCUGCUCACCUCAGAGUACGUCCCCCCCCUGCUGUGGGGGAAGAGCGGCCACCUGCAGACGGCUCUGUACGGUAAGAUGGGACGCAUCAGCACGCCGUCGCCCUGCGGCGUCCGCAAGUUCCUGCCCAUGGCGGACGGGGCCACGGCGACCUUUGACCUGUUUGAGGCUCGUGGAGACCACAGUUCAGGAGAUGACGUUACCAUGGUGAUCUGCCCUGGGAUCGGUAACCAUAGUGAGAAGAACUACAUCCGGACCUUCGUGGAUCACUCCCAGCGGCAGGGCUACCGCUGCGCCGUGCUGAACCACCUGGGAGCUCUGCCCGACCUGGAGCUCACCGCGCCCCGCAUGUUCACCUACGGCUGUACGUGGGAAUACGGCGCCAUGGUGAACCACGUGCGGCGAGCGUUCCCUCACACGCUGCUGGUGGCCGUCGGCUUCAGCCUCGGAGGGAACAUCGUCUGUAAGUUCCUGGGGGAGAACUGGGAGAACCAGGAGAACGUGGUCUGCUGCGUCACCGUGUGUCAGGGCUACAGCGCCCUCAGGGCUCAGGAGACGUUCCUGCAGUGGGAUCAGUGCCGACGCCUCUACAACUUCUUCUUAGCAGACAACAUGAAGAAGCUCAUCCUCAACCACAGGAGCAGUCUGCUCAGCUUGAACUCCUCCAACAUCGGAGACGGCGACCUGAGCCGCCUGUACGCCGCCACGUCUCUGAUGCAGAUCGACGACAGCAUCAUGAGGAAGUUCCACGGCUACAGCUCUCUGAAGGAAUACUACGAGAAGGAGAGCUGCGUGCAGUUCAUCCACAAAGUUUCUGUUCCUCUGCUGCUGGUGAACUCGUCAGACGACCCGCUGAUCCACCAGUCGCUCCUCGACAUCCCACGAACACUCGCAGAGAAGAUGCCCAACGUGAUGUUCGUGCUGACUCAACACGGAGGACACCUGGGCUUCUUCGAGGGCGCCAUGCUCGUCCCUCAGCCGCUCACCUGGAUGGACAAGGUGGUGACGGAGUACACCGACGCCAUCUGCCACUGGGAGAAGAAGCUGCCGGCGUGCCAGAGGAGCCGCCGCCGGGACACGACUUCCUGUCAGCACGGCGCCGAGGGGGCGCUGAGCGGGUAACGGGAGGCAGAAACAUGGACCAAAACCACAGAAACACACUCGUUUAUUCCCUCUGCUGCACAACUAACCGCCUUAAAGUCUAAUCAGUCAUUCAGGGAAGUCACUAAAAGUUGUAAACUGAGUUAAAACGUGAAAAUGUAAAGAGGACCUGGCGGGGAUUGUUCCCAGUUAACCUCCGCUGUAACACCAGUUCACCCUCUGCUGGAAAACAGAGCGGGAGAUAAAAUUAGUGAGUGAAAAACUCAGUCAGUUUACACACAAAUUAGACAAAAAUAAUACAUUAAAACUUAAAUACUGGACAUUUAUCUCAGUUUGAAUCAUAAUAUGCUUUAACCCUCUGGGACCACUCGGGACAUUUUCAGCCAAAUUUGUCAUUUUUCCCUUUCAUUUAUCCCUUUCCCUUAUAGAUUAUUUAUAUAAAUUUAAUAUAUUUCAGUUAAAAAUUGAGGCCACAGUGAGUAAAACAAGACAGGAGCAAAAAAAAAGCACAUCAUGAAGCUGAUUUUUGGAGUUCAUAGGGUAGAAGAGGCCAGAGAGUUUUCCAACGGUUCUUAAACAAAUCAGUUGUGAUGAACGCUUUCCUUAGAAAAAACAGUGAUGUUACAUCAAAAAUACUUCUUCUACCUAAAAUAAACUGUUCUGCAUCCACCAGAUCCUGUAAAAAACAUAAAAUUUCGAUCAGCCUCAGGUUUAUCUCAUUAUAACUGUGUUAUUAUGCACAAAGGACAUGUUAAAGUUCCCCCUACUUUUAGCCAUAUUUGUGUUUUUUUUUUUCAAAAAGGUGCAGGACUUAUAGAUUAUAUAUAUACAUUUAAUAUAUUUCAGUGAAAAAUUGAGGCCAUAGUGAGGAAAAUGGGACAGGAGCAAAAAAAGCACGUUCUGAAGCUGAUUUUUGGAGUUCAGAGGGUAGAAGAGGCCAGAAAUAGUUAUAAAAACGCAGACAAACAGAAAAGACAUAUUUUUCCUCAGCUGACUUUGUUGUUGCUGACCUUCAAAAUAAAAGAAUCAGGCUGUUAGUUUUUUUUAACUCUCUGAACUCCAGGGUACAGGCAAAGUUUCUCUAAAAGGAAAAAAAAACAGCAUAUAUCAUAAACAGAAACUGUAAAAACAGAAAUUAUCAUCAGUUUUCCAACGGUUAUUAAACAAAUCAGUUAUCAUUUUCCCCUUUUGUUUUGGCAAUCGUUUUGGCUGUGAUACUGCCAAUGGCAUUAUUUUUUAAAUUGAGAUUUUUUUCUUGAUAUAUUCUGUAUUUUAAAUUUCAUUUUUUCUAAUAGCUCUAUAAUACCCUGUGUACAAAUUUACAACCCUUUCAGGCCCUUAAGGCUGAAAAAAUGUCCACUUGCAAAAAAACUGCUAUAAAAACUUCACAGAUUAAUAUUUUUCAAAGAUUUUGAGCAUUUUAACCUGUUAAAACCAGUUUGAUUGCAUGAUGUCACUGUUUUUUCACACAAAAAUUGAGUUAUUUUCCACAUAAUUCCUUUUUUUUGGAUGGGGCAUUUGUUUUUAUAAAAAACAUCAGUGACAUUGUGCAAUCAAACUGGCAUUUAAAGGGUUAAAAAUGCCAAAAAAUGUUUAAACAUUUUAUAGUUUAGAGCAGGGCGGAAGUUGUUAAAGAGGUUUAUGCAGAAAAAAGUAGAAAAAAAUAUUAAUCUGUAAAGUUUUUAUAGCAUUUUUUGUGAUCCCAGAGGGUUAAAAUACGGCUGAAUUAUCUGCAUUUUAAAGCAUAUUAUCAGUUAAAAAGUCUUCCCUGUAAAGUUGAAGCAGCAGGUUUAAAGUGCCUUAAGAAUCAUUGAGCUACCUCUGAUCAGCAGUAUGACCUGAUUUAUGCUUUAUAGUGCUUUAAGAGUUACUUAACAUCCUCAAACUGUAUAUUUAAUUUUCUUAAUACUGCUUUAAUAACAUAGCCUGGAGCUAAUCUGCAGAUGGGUAUUACUCUGGAAACUCUCACUUUAUUUUGGGACCAAAAUUCCUUUUUGAAUCGACGAAAAACAAUCAGAGCGAUGAAGCGUGACGCAGCGCUGAGCGUUUGGUUCGUUUUUAAGCAGGAAAAACUAAGAAACGUCACUGAAAUGUGUUACUGAAACAUUUGAGGAGCGAUGGUACGCUGCCGUUUUAAUCUGCAGUUUUUUCUAGCAGUUUUUUUAAGCUUGUACCAGUCGAGGCUGCAGGUUGGUCUAUUUAUAUAUUGAGGCAUAAUUUUUUUUCGCUAAGUUUGACUCCAGUUUUUCUCGCUGCAUUUCCACAGUGUUCAGUGGACCAUCAGCUGACUUUGUUGCUGCUGACCUUCAAAAUAAAAGAAUCAGGAUGUCGUGUUUUUAACCCUCUGAACUCCAGGAUACACUUAAACUAAAAAAAACAACAAAUAUCAUAAACAGAAACUGUAAAAACAGAAAAGAUCAUCAGUUUUCCAACGGUUUUUAAACAAAUCAGUUGUGAUGAACGGUUCCCUUAGAAAAAUAACUGUGAUAUAACAUUAAAAUCACCUCGUCUACACAUAUAAAAUUACUCUUGGCGGAAGAGUUCUGCCAAAAAUAAACAGUUUGCACGAACCAGAUCCUGUAAAAAAACGUUAAAUUGUGAACAGGCUCAGGUUUAUCUCAUUAUUACUGUUAUUCUGCAAAAAGGAUAUGUUUGAGUUCCCCAUACUUUUAGCCAUGAUUGUGCUUUUUCCAAAAAGGAGCAGGACUUAUAGAUUAUAUAUAUAUAAAUGUAAUAUAUUUCAGUGCAAAGUUAGGGCACAAUGAGGAAAAUGUGACAAAAAAGGAACAUCCUGAAGCUUAUUUUUGGAGUUCAUAGAGUAGAAGAGGCCAGAGAGAGUUAUAAAAAUGCAGACAAACAGAAAAGACACGUUUUUCAUUUAUAUAACUUUGUUAUUCUGCAAAGACAUGUUUGAAUUCUCCCUAUUUCUACUCAUGCAUGUGCUGUUUCCAAAAAGGUGCAGGACUUAUAGAUUAUAUACAUAAAUUUAAUAUAUUUCAGUGAAAAAUUGAGGCCACAGUGAGUAAAAUGUGACUGGAGAAAAAAAGCACAAUCUGAAGCUGAUAUUUGGAGUUCAGAGGGUAGAGGAGGCCAGAAAGAGUUAUAAAAACACAGACGGACAAACAGAAAGGACACAUUUUUCCUUUAUAUAACUUUGUUAUUCUGCAAAAAGACAUAUUUAAGUUCUCCCUAUUUCUACUCAUGCAUGUGCUGUUUCCAAAAAGCUGCAGGACUUAUAGAUUAUAUGUAGAAAUUUAAUAUAUUUCAGUUUAAAAAAAUUAGGCCACCGUGAGUAAAAUGUGACAGGAGCAAAAAACAGAACAUCCUGAAGCUGAUUUUUGGAGUUCAGAGGGUAGAAGAGGCCAGAAAAAGUUUUUUUUUAAAUGCAGACAGACAAACAGAAAGGAAAUAUUUUCCUUUCUGUGUUGUUGAAUGUAAAUAUGUUCCUUUAUAUAAAAACUGGUGUUCACAUUGUUUCAUCUCGUUCCUGCAGCAGCACGACGAUGUUCAGACGGUACCGUUUUCCGAUUGUUACCAACCAAAAAUGUAUUUUUUUUUAAGGAUUUAGGACACGAGACACUGAGGACAGAGCUGUAAAAAAACUGUGUUUACAGACACUUUGAAUAGGGAGGAGAGAGGAGAAGCAAACUGGACACAAACUGUAAACAUUAGAUAAGAAAUCCAGUUGUGGACCAAAGCACUGUUCACUUUUCUAUUAAAACUUGUUUUUACUUUGAUGAUUCUGCAGCUUUUUGGCCGCACAACUCCCUAAAAACCCUUAAAAAAAAGGCACAUAGCUUCUCAUCUGAACAAGGGCUAAUUAAUUAACACGUUUCAUAACUGAACCAGGGUUUCUGGGUUUGUUUUAAUCUGCUUAUUGUUACAUAACAGACGGGUGGAACAAAGUAAAACAAACAGGAGAAAAGAUGAAAACUAUCACCUGAACCUCACCUGUUCUGUCUCAUGAUACAGAGAGUUUAAGGGGAAGUUAACUGUUAAUUAUUGACAGAAUAAGAGGUGUGUUUUAUGUGCAGGAUUUUUUUUUUCUGGCCGUUUGUUGGGUGAGUCACAGUUUCCUGCAAGUCACAUCCUGUCAGACAUAUCAAAGACGUGCAGCUCCACCCGAGUUCAUGCAUUCAUGCAAGUCUUAUUAAUAAAAAUCACCAGUUUACUGUAAUUCUCUGUUUGAAUCAGUGUGACUGCAGCAGCUCGGCCUCGUGUUUAAUGUGCAAUAUGUUCUGACUGCACUUUAUGGUUCUGUGUGGGUGUAACAGUUAUUAUCUAAUCUUUAUGUUUAUUUUCUGCUAUGGAGACUGCUUUGUCAUUUUGGAACUCACACAUUAAUAAAUAUUUUUCAAAUA